CCCCUGACAAGUAGAUGUAUAUAAAGGGUUCUGUUUACAACAGGGUCAGGUAGUUAAGAGUCUUUGUUUUUGUCUUCGGAACAAGUCAAAAUGUCCUGACUGUGUCGCAGCCAAGUUAUUUUUUCACAACAGUUCGAUGGAAGAUAUGAUAAGUUAGUGGCGAGCGUUUUUAAGAUAAAGUUUUAUUUUUUUUUCUAAUAUCCUCCCCCCCCCUUUGUUUUUCCUUUACUUUUGACAGAAGACAGAGGCAGCAUCUGGAAACUUUUUUUCACGAUUACCCAAAAGUUCAAGGAGCAUUUCUGUUAAAGGUAGCAGCCAUGGUGUUGGUUCUGGGCAGGAGAAUAAACAGCAGCACCUCAGACACCAAAGAAUCACCAGUUGUCAAACGCAAGGUUUUGCCAGUUGAAUGCAAAGCAGGCGAUGACUUUGACUUCUGCUCUGGUGCGUCACAUUCGGAGGGAAUCCUUCAGGUGUUCAAUGAGUUCCGCGACUGCCGUCUUUUCACUGAUGUGGUCAUCAGCGUGCAGGGCCGCGAGUUUCCCUGCCACCGUGCUGUGCUCUGUGCCUGCUCUUCCUACUUCAAAGCCAUGUUCUGCAAUGAUCACCGUGAGAGCAGGGAGAUGCUGGUUGAAAUCAAYGGCAUUGAGGCUGAGGCGAUGGAGGCCUUCCUCAACUAUGUUUACACUGGGCGUGCCAAGAUCACCACAGAGAAUGUCCAGUUUCUCUUUGAGACCUCCAACCUCUUCCAGAUCACCACACUGCGGGAUGCUUGUGCAAAGUUCCUAGAGAACCAGCUUGACCCAUGCAACUGUGUUGGCAUUCAGCGCUUUGCGGAUGCUCACGCUCUCAAGCAGCUUGCUAGCCGCUGCAAAAGUUACGCCCUGGCAAACUUCUCAGAAGUGUCACACCAUGAAGAGUUCCUUGACCUACGGAUUGAAGAGCUGAAAGACUACAUUGGCAAAGAAGAUUUGUUCGUCAGUAAGGAGGAGAUAGUGUUUGAGGCAGUGAUGAAAUGGGUGUACCACAACGUGGACCAAAGGCGGCCCAUGCUAAAGAGUUUGCUGCAGCACGUUCGGUUGCCCCUGCUUCACCCGAAUUACUUCGUCCAGACGGUGGAGGGAGACGAGCUCAUCCAGAACGCUCCAGAGUGCUACAAGCUCCUCCAUGAGGCCAGGCGCUACCACGUGCUAGGAAACGAAAUGAUGUCACCCAGAACUCGUCCACGCAGGUCGACUGGCUACUCAGAGGUGAUUGUAGUGGUUGGGGGUUGUGAGCGAGUGGGGGGCUUCAACCUACCCUACAACGAUUGCUAUGAUCCAGUCACAGGGGAAUGGAAAUCCCUGUCAAAGCUGCCUGAGUUCACCAAGUCAGAGUAUGCUGUCUGCGCCUUGCGCAAUGACAUCUUGGUGUCUGGAGGACGCAUUAACAGCAGGGAUGUGUGGCUGUACAACUCCCAGCUCAACCUUUGGAUCAAAGUGGCUUCUCUCGUCAAAGGCCGCUGGAGACACAAGAUGGGUGUCCUGCUGGGCAAGGUCUACGCUGUGGGCGGCUAUGAYGGGCAGAGCCGCCUGAGCAGCGUGGAGUGCUACGACUCCUUCUCCAACCGCUGGACAGAAGUGGCUCCACUGAAAGAGGCAGUCAGUUCUCCAGCGGUGGCCAGCUGCAGCGGCAAGCUCUAUGUUAUUGGAGGAGGCCCGGACGACGAGACUUGUUCAGACAAGGUUCAGUGCUAUGAUCCAAAUACAAACACAUGGUUACUACGGGCCAACAUCCCCAUCGCUAAGCGUUGCAUCACAGCUGUGUCCCUCAACAACAUGAUCUAUGUCUGCGGUGGCCUUACCCAGAACCUUUAUUGCUACGACCCAGCACAAGACUACUGGAUACUUGUGUUGCAGACCUUAGCCAAGCAGGAAAGUUGUGGCAUGUCAGUGGCUAACGGGAAGGUCUAUAUCCUCGGUGGCCAAGGGGAAAACGGUGAAGCUUCAGAUGCAAUCAUAUGUUAUGACCCAGCGACAGGCCUCUUGACAGGAGAUCGUGGCAUGCCACGACCCAUCUGCUACCACGGAUGUGUAACCAUCCACCGCUAUUGUGACAAAACCAAGCCAUGACUCUAAACACAGAAACACAGACAAGCAACAUGUGAGGACACAUACUACUAUAGCCAAACUCUUUAUGUACUUCACAUAGACGUGUUACUUUUAAACAAGAGACAUCUGAAUUAGUUCAAAUUAAAGGAGCAGGGAGCUAAUUUAUUCUUUUCCAUCAUUUUGUCUUUUUUUGUCUUUUUUGUGUGCAAUCUGCACACAUUUUAGAUUAGGCAAUCUAAAAUGUACCCCACUGACCUGGUUCCUAAUAUUUCCAUACAGCAGAGCAUAGUCCAGCACUAAUUAGAAGUAUAAGUAUUUUUUAAAUAUAUAUUUUAACUGUAUUUUUAAUUUAUUUAUUGAUUUGUAAUUGAGCUGAAAUGUGGGCAACAGUCAGCCAGCUGUGGUGCCACAGUAUCAGUUCUUUUAUCUAUUUACYGCCCUAACCCGUUGAAAAGAGGCUGAACAAACACAUUAAUCAGUUGUCAGUGAUAGCUCUGCUCCGUUGUUUCAGUUUUUUCAUCACAAGUUCCCACUUCACAAGCUUGUUUCCCCUCAYCUGUUCCACAUUGUUUCAUCACCUCGUUUGUUUUCUACAUUACUAGUUGUGUUCUCCAUUGCAAUUAACUGAUUUCUCAUUGUUUUUUAUAUAUAUAUUUCUUUAAUUUAUAUGUAUUUUUUAAAUUUUUUUUGUAAAAGCAUGUUGUAUUAUUUACAUCAUUGGUGUGUCAGAUGAGUAUUACUGUCAGCUUUUUGGUGUUUGGGACACGUGGGUGGUUUUUGCUAGUUAGAAACCUUUGUAGAUCAAACUCAAGGAUCGCUCUGAAUAACUGAUGUGUGUGCAUGACAAGUAUGGAUGYGUGACUUUUAUGACUCAGCCUGGAAGCGUCGGAGCCCAGCAGGUUUGACAUCAAGUUGUAGCAUAAGCACRGCACAACUGCUAACUCUUAAUUGAGGCUGGCGCCUCUCACUUAAACAUUAACGUACAAAGAUGUAGCUCUGGGUAACCACGGGUGCGUUUGUCUGUAUGUGUGUUUGCUGGUCGGUGAAGGUGUGCAGCAAUGGURUACCUCACACAUGGGGUUAAGAGUUCAUGCUAAGGGUUUACGACUUUGUGGCUCACAAUCUGUAAAGUUUAUUUUUUUUUUUACAAGUUGGUAUUGAUAGACCAGAGAAUUGCUGUGAAUAUAACUUUAAAGAUUUCUUUUURUAUGGAAAACAUUUUUGUUGUUGUUUUUUGUGUCUUUCUUCUAUAACUAAGAUCCCCAGCUGUGCACUUUGACAAAACCUUUUUCAAUGUAGGCAGAUUUAGAAAUGGAAUCACCWUUUCUUUUACGUAAAGUGGACAAGACAGUAAAUCAUCUUUAAUGGCUUUGAGUUCUUCCAAAAGUGACAAACUGAACACAUUUGGAGAGUUUCUUGCCAUUUUUAGGACAACAGGAACAAUCUAUGCAUGUAUUACCACUUAGAAAUGCACAACUUACUCCGUGGAUAGUGAAUGUUGCGUAUAUUUUUAUCCCAGAAAAUCAACAAAGCCGUUGGGGGUUAUUUCCUUUUAUUCAUCACGCAUGCUAUGAGACGGCUUAAUUUGGUGUURGGCCUUGAAAUUAUGAACCUCUUGAUUCUCUUCUCCACGCAUAAUUUUUUUGUGUGUUUGUUUUCAUAAUAUACUAACUCAGAAGUGCCAGCUGGACGGGUUAAAGGAUGGGUUAAUGUAUGAAAAAGGCUUAAAAURGUGAGAAUGAGAAACAAGUGUGCCUUCUUCCGCUGAGAUUAAAAUAYCUUUAAAAUGAGACACAAACAUUGUCCUGAUACUCUGAUUUAUUGGUUUUGCAAUGAACUUUCAUUUAUUGCCUGCUUGUGAUGAGCCUAUAUACUGUUAUUUUGUUUAAUCUGAUUUCUUUCUUCUUUUUUUUUAUUCUUUUUGUGGUGAGAUGUGUAUUUGUGUGUUGUUCAGAUAAGGUCAUUCCACCAGGUUAAAUGGUAUAUUGCAAAUGCUGACUGGAAGAGUUGAGCAAAAACAUAUAUAUGUAUAGUUUACCCUUCUUUAUAAAUACAGAUAUCAACCAAAGUUAAUCUGAUUUUUGUCCCGGUUUAUAUGUGUUGAGAAAUAAUUGAUUGUGCCUGCAUGUAAGAUGGACGAUUGAACAUGUUAAAUGCUGUGCCAUAUGCCUUAAAACAAAUCAUGACAGGGCCAUUUAAUCUGGCCUUUUUCAUAUUGUUUAUUGUAUGUAUGAUGUAAGAAAGAGAACAUUUUGGAUAUUGGUAACCUGCAACAUGUUGCAGUGGUUGUAAGAGGAACAUCAAUAAACUCUGUAUAAAUGA